AUGGCUCUUACACAAAAAUUCCUAGCCACAAUAUUAUUAGCAUUCACAUUAUUUUCAUUUACGGGUGCAAAAACACGUCCUUUAAUGAUCGAUUUUAGUCCGAUCGAGUCACAAAGUUAUAUAAAUCGUCUAAAUUUAGACGAAAAAUCGACUAAUUGUUGGGAUUCAUUGCUUAAACUACAAUCAUGCUCAGGGGAAUUGAUCCAAUUUUUCUACAAUGGGGAGACAUAUUUGGGCUCAGAUUGUUGCAAUGCAAUUAUCAUCAUAGUCCAAGAUUGUUGGCCCGUUUUAUUGGGCUCAUUGGGCUUAUCUUCCGAAGAAAUUGAUGUUCUUAAAGGUUAUUGUGAUGCUGAGAAAAUUAAUCCAGGCCCGAACCCACCAAGCCCACCUAUUGCUCUUGCCCCAACUAAAGUUGAUAUUAUGGAUUAG